CCUCGCCGUUCGCGCGAGGUAGAGCUUCCUCUUCGGCUUCGCUGGUUCGGCUUCCCUGGUUCGCGUGGGGUGGAGCUUCGAACGGGUCGCUUGCCAUCGCCUAUCUAGAGAUUGCUUUUCCUCUUCUGCAGUUAUUCGUUGCUGUUCUUCUUCGCGUGAAGUAGAGUUCUGAAAGAUUCGAAGCUUCUCCGCCUCCUCCGACGGCGUUGUUCCUGUCGGAUCGAAAGUCGCGCCGGGAACUCGCCGCGAAGGAUUUAGCUCAAAUCUUGCCUAAAUCUGUCCUAAAGUCUACAUCGAAACUGGCCCAUAGUUUAUCCGUGUGUGCUAAGCACGAACAGUUUUUGAUCUGAUCUGAUUUCUCUGAUCAUAUCUGACACUGAAACUGUGAAGAUGGAAAAUAAAGCACGAGUUCAUCCUGAAUGCAUCAACGCCUCCAAUCCUUACCAUGAAUGCGUCGAUUACUGCUACAAAAAAAUUGCCGAAGCGAAAGCCCUUGAGGCUGAGAAAUUAGAUGAAGAUCAGGAUGUUGUGAAGGAUCCGGAAGAGCGGCAGGUUCAUCCGGAUUGUAUCAAUGCAUCGAAUCCGUAUCACGAGUGCAGCGAGUUCUGUUUCAGGAGAAUUGCUGAGGUGAAGGACAGGACUGCCGGGGAUGAGGAAGGGAUGCAACAUAAGGAUAGUGCAGGAUCCACAAAAGAUGCCUCUGUUCAAAGUGAUGUGGCCCCAUAUCAAACAUCUAACGUUGACAGCCAAAAUGUUGAGAAUGAUGACAAUCAUGUUCAAAAUGUUACUGAUGCAGCUUAUCCAAAUCUCAGCGAAAGGCAGAAGAAAUUAUUUGAACUGAGGCUUAAAAUGAAUGAGGCCAGGAAGGCCAACCAAAUAGCCACGGUUGCUGAAAAAAAGAAAUCGGAAGGUGAAUUUGAGUCAAGGGGCGUGUCCAAAGAAAAAUGGCUAGAGGAUAGAAAAAAGAAGAUUGGAAAGUUACUUGAUUCUAAUGGAUUGGAUUUGAGCAAGGCUUAUAUGCUUGAUACACAGGAGUCUGCUGAAACCAAGUACAAAAAGUGGGAAAAGGAUCCUGCUCCAUCUGGUUGGGAUGUUUUCAAUCAGAAAACAUUGUACAAUGCCUACAAGAAGCGCACAAAGAAUAUAGAGAUUGACAUGGAUGCUUAUAAUAAAGCGAAGGAAGCCGACCCAGAAUUCUAUCGUGAUGCUGCCAGUCUGCAAUAUGGGAAGCCUUCAAAGAUUUCUGAGGUGAACAUUGACAAAAUGGUGAAGGAACUUAAGGAUAGAGAGGCAAAGCGGAACUCAUUCAGCAGGAGGCGUAAAUUCCACGAGGAGAAGGACAUUGACUCCAUCAACGACCGUAAUGAGCACUUCAAUAAGAAGAUUGAGAGGGCUUUCGGCAAGUACACCCUUGAGAUCAAGAACAAUUUGGAAAGAGGAACUGCCUUACCAGAUUAGUUCCCCUUCCUAUUAAUUGUCGCCAAGAAAUUCUCUCAAUGAAUGCCACUCACAUGAAGGCUGGUGCAACUUCAGCUUCUCUGGCAUUCUAUCUUUUCAACAAAUGGUAAACUUUAUGAUAUCUAUAUUAGAAAUCCUCUUUAUCUACUGCAUGUAAACAAUGAAUGCUAGCCUGAGGUCGAGGUAGUCGAUUCAACUAAAUAACCUCCACCCUGUGCUGCCAUUCUUUAAUAAGUUGUUAGUGGGUUCUGACUAGUUGAUGUAGAAUAAUAUACAUACAGCGCUGCUUGUUUUGCUAAGUAAGAUAGAUGUCAUGUUAAUGGAAUGUAGAAACAGAUUGUUACUAAUGGCAUUGUCUUCACAACAAAAUCUAUGUUUUGUUCGUUUA